CUCUCCCUCUCUCUCUCUCUCUCUCUCUGUUCCCUCGUCGUGCCGCAUUCGUCGCGCCGCCGGGGAUCGACAGGUCGGCCCCGGCACGCGGUCGCGCGCGCGUCACGUUGAGCGAGUGUCGACGACGGGGCGGGUUCUCAGUGAAGCUCCCCUUGGCUGAUUUUGCCGCGGUGACUUUGGAGCGAGAAAUUCCACGCGAUUCGAUAUAUAUAAAUACACACACAUACACACGGCGAUAACGACGAGAUAACGACACUUGGCCGCAGAGGCAGAGAAUCUCGCAGCCUCGUGAUCCACGCGAUCCCGCGGCCACCCUCUCCCCCGCCUUCCAGCGGUGGCAGCGCGCGUCAACGCGUGCGCGGUCGUAUCGCCGGAUGAUAUUCGCGCAGUGACAGCUGGACGUUAUUGCCUGUCGGCGGGCGUGACGACGCGACGACGAGACAGAGUGGCGUGUUCUCAUUGACCGCUCGCUUGAGGCUGACGAGCGAGCGAGCGAGCGGACGGAAGGAAGAAAGGACGCGCGCGCGUAAGGGUGAAAGAGCUGAGCGGCGAGCCGUUCCGCCCCGCGAGUGACAAGUGGUCGGCGACGCGUGGUUAACCACGUGGCGCGGUGUGUGCGCCGCCGGUGUGUUGCACAGGGCUUUAGAGUGGUGUGAACUUUCGCGGGACUUUCCUCGCCUGUGCGCGCGCGGCGCGGACGAUUCUCUCGCUGGCUACGGGGACACACCAGGUGGUCGCCGGCGAGUGAGUGUAAAUCAAACGACAGUCCGCGCCUGAGACAGACAGACAGACAGACAAACGGAAAGAAGGAAGGAAGGAAGGAAGGAAGGAGUGAGUGAGUGAGAGAGAGGGCACAGGCGUUCGCGAUCCUCCUUCCCUGGUGAAGAAGAAGAAGAAGAAGAAGAAGAAGAGACUCGCGGGCUUGUGACGAGCCGACGACACUCGCUCGUCGCGCUCUUGGCACAUUCCGAGACUUUCGACCUCUCGAGAGACUCUCUCGAGGGUAUGGUGCAACGGUGAUCGGUCCGCGGCGUGUAUCGUUCGUCAGUGUCAGUAGUCGGUAGCAGUAGCGAGGGAUCCGCCGCGCGAGGUGGUAGUCUGGUCUCGCCGUCGAGCAGGCCGCUGCGAGAUGCUGAGAGCCUCAGCCGUGUCCAGUCAAUCACGUAGGGUGCUGCGAUCCGAGCCGAGGGCCGUCGCGGCCUGCUAAGAUGACCGCGCGUCUACACUCGCUGAGGCACCAGGAGAAGAAAUCAGCCGGCAGCAGCCACAGGCAGCACCACCAGCACUCUCAGCAUCAGCAGGCCGUGCAUCAGGGUCCGAGCCCGGCACCAAGCCCCAGCCCGAGCCUUAGCCCGAGCCCGAAGCACUCGGACGGACGAAGAGCUAACAAACCACUAAUGGAAAAACGGCGGCGAGCGAGGAUCAACCAAUCCCUGGCGGCGCUGAAAGCGCUUAUUCUCGACAGCGCCCGCCUGGAGAACACUAAGCACAGUAAGCUCGAGAAAGCUGAUAUCUUGGAGCUUACGGUCAGGCACCUACAGCGGCAAAGGUCGCUCGCUCAACCCGGCCUGUCCAGGUACAAAGCCGGAUACCAGGAUUGCUCGAGAGAGGUGAGCCGCUACCUCGAUGCGCCGGACAUCAUCACGGGCAAUACCACGCCGAUGGACCCGGCGGUGAAGCAGAGGCUGCUGCGCCACCUGGACAGCUGUGUGUCGGAGCUGGACUUGGAUCUGGGCUCGCGGCCCGACAGCGGCCUGGGCAGUAGCCCAGGUAGCGUGACGGAUCGCGUGGCGGGUGCGACGAGCCCGGGUCCGCUCGAUCACCAUGUCGGCGGCCCGGUGGGUCCGCACUGCAGCACCGCGGCGACCCUCACGCCGGCCGGGCUGAUCAAGUCCGAGAUCCCGGAGAUGGAGGCGGCCCGGCCGGACAGCAGCACCACCGCCGGCGACGAGAACAACAACAGCAGUCGACCGACCUCGGCCUUCAGCCAGGUGAACCCGGCGGCGUUGGACCCGCACCACCCGCACCACCCGGCGGGCUUGCCGGUCGACCACCAGGCGUCCACGUCGCAGCAGAACCCCAACAUGCUGUCGGUGGUGCAAGUCAUACCGUCCCGGCUACCGGACGGCCAGGUGGUGUUCCUGUUGCCGAGUCACUACGUGCAACUGGCAGCCGCGGCCGCGGCGAACGGCAUCAGCAUCGGGCCGAAUCCACCCACGGCGAUCUGGGCGGCGACCAACAUGUCGCUGCUCAAGGCCACCGACAAGUUGGCGAAACGACCGCACGAGGACCUCGCGCAGGAGUGGAUCCAAGACCCGACCGGCCUGAAACCGAGCAAGAGCCCGAGGAUGGAGCAGCCGGAGCAGCCGUUGGACUUUACCACCACGUCGAAGAAGAUGAAGACCGGCUCGAGAAGCACGACGCAUCUGCCCGCCGUCACUGAUCAACAACAGCAGCAGCAACAUCAUCUACGGCAGCAGCAGCAGCAGCAGCAGCAGCAGACGUCGGUUCGUCUGCCGGCCGAGGGUGCCGGAUCCAUCGUCGAAGACCGGCCGUCUAGUCACGCGGACAGCGAGGUCACCGUAGGCAUGCCGUCCCCGUCGCCCGUCGGCCAACAGCCCGUCAAGGACGAGGAGGGCAUGUGGAGGCCGUGGUAAACUCGGCGAACCGAGCAGUUUCGCAGCUGAGCGCGAAACCGGGUGGAGGCCUCUUCUUGUGUCUCUUUGUAAAUAGGAUCUUUCGUGGGGCGCGCGCGAAACCGGAAGUCGAAGCCGCUGUACGCGGCCGCGAUCGUCGUCCAACGAGCGAGCGAGAUACAGAGAGAGAGAGAGAGAGAGGGAGGAAGAGCCAGUCUUCGAGUACCGCUGAGAGCGAGGUCACGCAGACACUUCUUGCACAGCCGAGGAAACGCGGCGUUUCCAGUCCCGGCCUCCCCCCCCCCCUGGUGAGGUUCAUGUAAAUUGCCAUUAUUCUGGGAACUAAUUUUAUGCGCACACGAGAUUUCUUUGUCGUGCGGACGAUACAUGCGACGACGAAGUAUUGUUUUCGGACGUUGAUAAUGUAUGCAUCGCGUAACCUUUGAUUAACUCGACGCGCCGUCGAGUCUGACGUCUUCACUUCGGCACGAAAGGCGCUUUGUUUCUUUUCCUUCUUCUUUUUUCUCGAUUAAAAAAAUUUUCUCUAACUGUCGGGCAAUCGAAGCGGUCCGUCCGGCCGCGGAGACGAGGACGAAUGAUCGCACUGUGUGCACUUUCGGCAAUUGGGGAAUUCGCGCGUGCAGCCGGAAAAGAGUUCUUCAAUUAGCGCAAUAAAAUUCCCCAGCGCAGUCGCGGUAAUUACAUCGCCGAUACUCGCGCGUUAUUUACGACAGAAUCGGCGAUAUACGACACAGCCCGCUCGCGCGCGCGCGAUAACACACAAUCGCCGAAACGGCCGAGCGAAAUUGCACAAUCGGCGAAUUUUCAUAAGCACGGGAAAUUAACACGCUUCGCGGUAAUGUCGGCGGAGAGGAAUGCUAAUUGGCGGGAAUUGAAAUUAUCCUUUCACGCGGCUGCAAGGUCGACGAAUUUUAUGGACACAUCGGACGCGUAUCUCUCCCCCCUCUCUCUCUUUCUCCCUCCUCCCUCUUUCACCCCCCCCCUCUUUCUCUCUCUCUCUCUCUCUCGUUUGAUAUCCGGCCGAUUCUGAAUUUCGAGCACGGUCCGGCGUCUCGAGUCUCGCUCGCGCGAUACCGGGAAAAUCGCGGCCAGAACAACUCGCCUUUCUGCUUGUCUUUGUUUUUUCCUUCAUCCUCGCUCGACGUUUUUACUCGCGCGGAAACGAGUACACGGAAAAGGCGUAUGCGCGCAUUCUCGUUUAAUAACGCCGGCGAGCGCGCGCGUGCGCUCGCGUCGUUUCUUGUGUCGGCGUCGCUAAUGAAGCCUUUAAUUUGCAUCAGCGCCCAAAAGCGCCAGACGCAAAUUCCCCUUCAACGCCCCGGCCACGGCGGCGCUAUUCUCGCGCUAACAACUCGAUGCGUUCGUUUUGUUUCGCGGCGGGAUUUUUGCGUCAACGACGUCAGCGGUCGCGCAGCGCAGCGGCAACCUCCAUCCAGCGAUGGCGAGUAUAGCGACGGAAACAAAAGCGAAAAUAAAGAAUGCGACGAUAGCGCGGGAUACCACCUAAAACCUAAAACCCGCGCGCCGUGCCGCGGCGGGUCUAACCUUUAAAUAUGACGCACUGCACAUUUUUUCCCGCCCGCUGUAAUUUCGCAGGUUUGCGCGGAUCUCGGAUAAUCUCUUUUUCGAAGGCACUCGGCGAGACAAAGGGAAAAUGUUAAUGUUUACAUUACCAUUGGCGUUACCUGUGUGUCGAGUAGAAUCAAUUCUCUUGUUUGUUUUAUUUCUUCUCGAGAGAUGAUUUCGUCCGCAGGCAGAAUUGGCGAAGAAGUGACGAGUCGAUCCAAGGUUAGGUUAGGUUAUGUUCCGGUACGUUCCACUGUUUAGAUCGACAGACUUGCAACUGUUUCCUAGUUAGUUUAUCCCCACUCUAGAGAAAAAGAAAAGGAGAGAAGGAGGUAAGAUGCGUGUAUGUGUGCGCGUGUGUGUGAUGUGUAUGUAUACACGUGUGUGUGUGUAUAUGUGUGUGUGUGUGUGUGUGUGUGUGUGUGAAGAAUGAAGAACAGACUGGAUGACGCGUAACGUCCAGGUUUCGCGCGGGCCCGAAUGCCAAAGUAGAGAACGAGUGCGUGCAAGAUUGUAAAAAAGUUCUGCGCCUAAUCACGAUUUUCGAUUUUCCCCGAAGAGACGAGGAGGAGAAGGAGGACGACGAGCGACGACGAGGUGGCUGCCGCCCUUCUCGGCCGAAGUCGGUCGCGCGACUCUUUCGCAAUCGCGCGAGCGGCGCAGGUCGGUCUGACGUAGUCGCGCGUAAAAACGCGCCACAAGAUAACUGUAUGUAUGUAAAUGACGGAGUAAUUAGUUAACGAUUAUCGAGCGAGAGAAAAACGAGAGAAAGAGAGUGUGUGUGUGUGUGCGUGUGUGUGUGUGUGUAUGCGCGCGCGUGCGAGAGAAAGAUCAACGAGUGCGUGCGUUUAGUCUGCCAUUCGUGUACAUAGCCCCUAUCAGCCCCCCACCCUCACCCCCGAUCGAAACUAUUGCUAUUUGCGAGAUAUAGAUUUAUUUUGAUGUUAUCUAGGUGUAUAUGGGCAAAAGAGAGAAAACGAGUGCGUGCAUGCGUGCGUGCCUGUGCGUGCGAAAGAGAGUAGCGAGAGCGUGUCGUGCGCGCGAUCGGUGUAGUCGCGCGUAAGCGUAGCGAGGAGUCACCAUCUCACCACCUAAUUUACGUCUGUAAUUGCUAAAUAUCCUGGAAUUCGAAUUCCUUAUUCAAUGUACUUAGACGCGCAGUCAAUAUAGUCAUAUAUAUUGAACUGUACCCCGCACAC